GCUUCGUCGGUGUGUGUACACGCUGCCUGACAUGAAAACAUGGCAGUGACAAUGAACCAAGCCGAUGUGCAGAUGCAACCAAAGGAGGAGGGAGACGACGAAGAUCGGUCGAUUUCUAGUGGUAGUGGAGAUGAUUCCAUGGAUGGUCUGUCGAAGCACAGAUGCCCCCCGACGCCCUCACUGUCCCCACAGAAGCGGGCCACGAGUCAGAGUAAAACCGAACCACCUCUCUUGCGGACCAACAAGAGGACCAUUUACACGGCGGGCCGUCCACCCUGGUACAAUGUCACUGGGACCACUUUCAAGGAGGCAUUUGUCAUUGGUUUGUGUGGAGGCAGUGCCUCAGGGAAAACCACUGUGGCCAAUAAGAUCAUUGAAGCACUAGAUGUACCAUGGGUAGUCCUGCUGUCCAUGGACUCAUUCUACAAGGUGUUGUCCAAAGAGGAACAGGAGCUGGCAGCCAAGAACGAGUACAAUUUUGACCAUCCAGACGCCUUCGACUUUGAGCUGCUCGUGAACGUGCUGAAAAAAUUGAAGAAGGGCAAAAGCGUCAAGGUGCCCGUCUACGACUUCAACAGCCACAGCCGUCGGAAGGAGUGGAAAAAUGUGUAUGGGGCCAAUGUUGUCAUAUUUGAAGGGAUCUUGGCGUUUGCCAACAAGGAGCUGUUGAAGACACUAGACAUGAAGGUGUUUGUUGACACGGAUUCAGACAUCCGCCUGGUACGUCGUCUCAAGAGGGACAUAUCAGAGCGGGGUCGUGACAUCACUGGCGUCAUCAAGCAAUACAAUAAGUUUGUGAAGCCGGCAUUUGAGCAAUACAUCGAGCCCUCUGUUCAGGUGGCAGACAUUGUCGUCCCCAGGGGGGGCGAGAACUUUGUGGCUCUAGAUCUGAUCGUGCAGCAUGUGCACAGCCAGCUGGAGAAGAGGAAGCAGCGUGGGGAUAUGUCAGCCCUGGCCACAGCGCAUCAGGGCCAGCCGCUACCCAAGACCCUCACGGUCCUGGAAAGCACACCGCAGGUCCGCGGCAUGCACACCAUCAUCAGGAAUAAGGACACGAACCGCGAUGAAUUCAUUUUCUACUCCAAGCGAUUAAUGAGGCUGCUGAUUGAGAGGGCUCUCUCCUUUCUGCCCCUCAAGCCUGUGUCUGUGGAGACGCCUCAAGGGGCCAUCUAUGAGGGGAAGAGGCUCAGUGGAAAAAGGAUCAGUGGGGUGUCUAUCUUGCGAGCAGGCGAGACGAUGGAGCAGGCCCUGAUGGCCGUCUGUAAGGACAUCCGUCUGGGGAAGAUCCUCAUCCAAACCAAUCACGACACUGGAGAACCCGAGCUCCACUACCUGCGCCUGCCAAAGGACAUCACUGAGGACUACGUGAUCCUGAUGGACAGCACUGUGUCCACUGGGGCUGCAGCCAUGAUGGCCGUCAGAGUGCUUCUG